GAAUUUGGAAGAAGAGUGACGCCACAGCCUUUAGGGAAGACGACAUUUUAUGUGAAUCGCGCGUCCACGGCAUGUCUGUGGAGUUUCGUGCCAAAUACUUAAACUUUAUUGUACAAAUUUCGCUUACUAAAAUCUCUUAAAGGAAAAUUCACAUACUUUAAUAAAACUUUUGACACCAUAUCUGACAUCUAUAACCCAUCUAUAAGUCCUAAUUAUGAGUUAUAGCUACCAUAAAUGCAGCUCUAGUAUGAGUUCUCGUGGCCGUGGAUUUAAUUCUCGAGGGGGCAGUUCUUAUAGGGGAAGAGGAGGUGGUAGUGGAAAUGAAUGGAACAGUGGAUCCACAGGAGGAAAUAUGUCUAGCAGAGGAGGUUAUUCCUCAUCUAGAGGAGGCAGAUUUAAAUAUUCAACUACCAGUUAUGAUUCUCGGUCAAAGUAUAAUUCUGGAGGGUCUGAAAGAUAUUCUAGUAGAGGAGGAAGAGGUGAACAUUCAAAUAGUUAUAAAAGACCAAGGGAAUCUUAUUCUGGAAGAGAUGAACACCGAUCAUCGAGUGAUUCAACUCGUAAAAGGAUGAGAAGUGAUUCAUAUCAGGGUGGAGGUAGCGGUAGCGGCUCUCAGAGGUAUUCUUCGUCGUAUGGUGGUUCAUCUGCAUCAGCUCCUUAUGACGAUAAUAAGGGAUCGUCGUCUUCGGCCGUGUAUGAGGACAAGAGACAAAGCGAACGUGCUUCGUCAUACCAUCGCUCAGAGGACCGUCAUUCAGCAUCGCGGAGCUAUGCACCUCCACCACCCCCUCGAAUUAGUGAAAUGGCACCUCCAACUCAGAGAUAUACCUCGAGCCGAGGGCGAAUAUCGCAUCAAAGCUCAAACUACAGAGGUCGCAUUUCAACUCGUGGAAGCGGUAGAGGGGGUGGAUUCCAUCGUAUGAGCUCUCGAUCGGACGUCAUCAUGGCUCGCAAGCGUACUCUACACUCACUCGACUAUCGACGCAAGCUGCUAGGAUCGCGAUCGCGAGACUACAUCCAGCGUGUGCGCAUGACCACAACCAAAUUGCGCAGGAGUAGCGGUACUACUAGGCUAUCCGGAAGUAAAAAGGAGUCAGGAUCAGGAACGAGCAUGAAGGACAAGGAUAGAGAGAUGACCAAAGCUAUUAACGCUGAAUUUUCCGAUGACGAUGAAGAGGAUGAUGAUAACAAAAGUAAUUGGGAUGAUGAUGAUAAGCCACAUGAACGCGACGACGAAGAAGAAGAGGAAGAGGAAGAGAAAAAGAAAAAAGAUGAAAAAAGAAAGAAGGAAAAACAAGAUCGGGAAAGACAAAAUACUGAAGAUGAGGAAGAGAAAGAAGACGAAGUAAAAGAAGAUGAAGAUGAUCGAAAACAUGAGGAUGAUGAGGACGAUGGGGAUGAUGAAGAAAGAGAUGAAAAUGAUAAAACAGAUCACGGUAGAACUACUGGUUCAGAAGAGUUACCUAGUAGAAGAGAUGGGAGAAAAUUUAUUAAAUUAACUUGUCCACAUUGCGCUCAUCGUAGUGUUACUUUCAAAGAAUACUCGCUACAUUUAUAUUCGGGCCGUCACAGUGCAGCAAUGAGACGAAUUGCAUCACGGCACAAAGCAACUUUGACUCGUAUGCGUGUCUUGCAACGACAAGAACAACGACGUGUCGAGGCCCGAGAUGCUGCGCGUGGUACUUUGCCUUCUCGUACCAUGUUCUGUCCGAUCUGUAAACUUAAUUAUCGUUCUCUUAAAGCAAUACAUCAGCUAUCAGAUUCCCAUCGUCAAAUGAAACGAUUUCUCACACCAUUUUGCCGCACCUGUCGUAUUCAAUUUCGAUCACCAAUGCUAUUUGAAACUCAUAUGUGUUCUUUGGAUCACAUUAAGAGGAAAAGUGCAUUAAAAGAAAGAAUGAACGCUGCUGGCAAUGGUGAAGCGGAAGCGAAUUCAAGUGGACCUGAAGAAGAUGACAAGGAAGUUAAUCUUGAUAACUUUAUGACUCUGGAUUCUGUAGGUGAUGUUGACGCAGAAGAUGAAGAGUCUUCCGAGAAAAAGAAAGAAAAACCAGAAAAUGAAGGUACAAACGACACAGAAAAGAAACCUAAAAGCAAACAAAUGAUUAAAGUGGGAGCAGAAUACAUAAAACGUGUCGAAGUACAAUUCUGUGAAUUGUGUAAGAUAUAUCUACCACGUAGUGAGAAUAGUGAAAGAGCAAUAGCGCUCCAUUGUUCAACCAGAAGUCAUCUUAAACGAUAUGUGCGCGAUAAUGAUGAUAAAGCAUUGCGAAGGCAAGCAGAAAGAAUCCAUCUGCAAUCAUCGUCAUCUACCAAUAAUACUACUACUCCAAAUGCUGUAAAUAGUACAGAAAAUGCUAAAUCUCCAACUAAUUCUGAACCACCAUCUACAAAUAACACAUUGCCAGUAACUACAACUGAUGGCACUAAUACUGCUGAGUCGGGUAAAGCAAUUGAGCAGAAAGGGGUUGUUGAAUCUGAAAAAAAUAUGAAAGAGAAUAAAAAUGGACAAGCGGAAGAUGAUGAUGAUGAUGAUUACCCCGGCGAUAGUGGCGAUAAGUUAUGGGAUGAUGUUGAUAAGGACUUGGGCGAUAUUUUAAGAGAAACAGAAGCAGGAGGUAAAUCUAGCGAUGAUGAAGAUUCUCGUUAUGAUCGUUUCCGUAAUUCAGAUAAGAAACAACAACAUUCUGGCAAGGAUAAAGAAAGGGACAGUGAAAAGAACGAAAUAGAUGAAAAAGAAAAUAUAAAAAAGCAAGAACUGAAAGUAAAAAUUGAAAAAAUAGACAUGUAAAGUUCAAGAAUUAUUAGUACGUUUCAACCAUAUCCUAAUGUGACUUUAACAUUUUUUCUACAAAACUGUGUAAAACUUUACAAACUAUAGAAAAUAUACAUACGUCGGAAUUUCAUAUAAAAGUUAUUUUUAUAAGAUUAAACAGUUAUUUUCCGGAUCAAAUUGAUAAAAACCCAUGUACAAUACUAUAUUUUGUUCUGUAUAAGUUUAUUGUAUAAAAUAUUGUAAAAAUGCGUGACAUUAACAAUGUUUAUUUUAUAUGAAGUUAUGAAUUUAAAACUGUUGAGAUUUUAUUUACCAAAUACUGGACAUGCUUGAAAUGUACACACCGAUAUAAACUUCAUAAUGUUCAAUUCCUUUGUAAUUCAAGAAAGUCACUACGUACGCACAUUUAGUGACAUUGAUGUAGCAAGAACUGUAAAGGAAAUUAUUCGUAUAAGCAUGUUAAGUAUAGAUGUGUAAAAGUAGCGGUUAUUUGUGCAUUAAAAAUUUGGUGGAAAUCUACAGAAAACAAAAAUAUUCGAUUAAUUUUUAAUUAUUAAUUGUAAAUGAGCAUAUAACAAAAUCAACGAACUUAUCACUUAUAGAUAAGUGUAAUAAACAUUAUACAUCUUAA